AUGCACUGCCACGCGGAACUGAGGCUGAGCUCACCCGGCCAGCUCAAAGCAGCCAGGCGGCGCUACAAGACUUUCAUGAUCGAUGAGAUCCUCUCCAAGGAGACCUGCGACUACUUUGAGAAACUUUCCCUCUACUCUGUGUGCCCGUCGUUGGUGGUGCGACCCAAACCCCUGCACUCUUGUACCGGCUCUCCUUCCUUACGGGCAUAUCCUCUCCUCUCUGUGAUCACCCGACAGCCCACAGUCAUCUCCCACCUGGUUCCCACCGGCCCGGGAAUCACCCCAGUGUUACCCCGCCAUCCAGUCACCGAGGCUACCGCUACUGCCGCCGAGACCCCUGGCGCUGAGGCGUUAGCCAGCAGCGAGUCUGAGACAGAACAACCCACGCAGCGGCAGAAGAAACCACGCCGGAGUCGCACCAUCUUCACGGAGCUGCAGCUCAUGGGCCUGGAGAAGAAAUUCCAGAAGCAGAAGUACCUGUCUACGCCAGACAGGUUGGACUUGGCCCAGUCUCUGGGACUUACUCAGCUGCAAGUGAAGACCUGGUAUCAGAACCGCAGGAUGAAAUGGAAGAAGAUGGUUCUUAAAGGUGGACAGGAAGCACCCACAAAACCUAAGGGGCGUCCCAAGAAGAACUCUAUUCCCACAUCAGAGGAGAUUGAAGCCGAAGAGAAGAUGAACAGCCAGGCCCAGAGCCAAGAGCACCUGGAGUCCUUGCAGGGACACGAGGAGCCCUGUGAUACCCAGGAACCCAAAGCAUGCCAUGUCCCCCUGGAGGUGGCAGAACCAUCUCACCAGCCCCAGGAGUUGCCAGAAGCUGCUUCUGAACCCCCACCAUUAAGCUAAACUAAAGUUCGUUGGGGGGAGGGGGAGACUGGGAAUAAGGGAAGAGAGAGAAGGCAAGGAGACUCAGGAGAGAAGACCCCUAAAGCCUAGUCACGUGGGUGGAGCGCCAACCGUCUCCCUCCUCCCAGCGGCGUUUUCAUCUUGAGCAUUUGAUGAAGACUUGUUUGCCUUGGGACUUGCCCUUCUUGCAAGGCUGUGUUAGCCACAGAUACCCUUGAGUAAGGGAGAUAGCGCCUUGGAGCUGUUUGCCCAGGCUGGGUGAUGGCGGUGGGGUUGGAUACAGCAGCCUGUCAGUGUGACAUGCUAGCUGGGCUGGCCUGCAGGGAGGGCUUCUCUUCUCCCUGCUUCCUUCUGGGCAGCCAGUCAGCAAAGCAGGGAGAGGUAGGUGGGCGGGCUUGAGAAGCCUGCCCAGGCUCCUUGCUGACCCAGCGCUUAUUUCUGUAGUUUUAAGAGAAUUGAAUGUUUUGGGGGUUCUUUUUGGAGGGUGGGGUGGGGAAAACUGUUGAAGACAGGCAAAAAAGGAGUUGGAGGGAGUUGCGAGUUACUAGGGACCUCUCUGCUUGUCAGUUUGGAGACGUGUGCCUUUGUACCUUUAUAAGAUGGUCAGAUGACAAAGAAUUUAGGCGCCUUGGCUUUUCCGCUUCAUUAAGUUGCCAUCC